AUGGAGGUCUCUUUCUCCAAAACGGGAGUAAAGUGGUCCGUGCAGAAGAACGUCUACUUCAACGUCAUCGAAAACUUCACAUCCAACAUCAACGACGACACCGCCGCGGACGAGGAGAUACAAAACUGCCAUGGGCAAGUACAAAGCCGAGAUGAGCAGUUGUUCGAGAUAGCUGGGGAACCCCACGAUAAUGCCAGGGAUAACUCGUUAGCAAUGCAGAGGAAAAAAAAAAAAAGGAAAAUACAGGAAAAAGAAAGAAACAAUCAGAGGGAGGAAAAAGGAAAAAGACAAGGUCAAAACACGAGAAAUGCCCUGGCUUCAAGCUAG